CAAGAAACUGUCAACAUCAGUUUUCUUUGAAGGAUAUCAAAUCUACGAUUUUAACCAUAUUGUAUAGUUAUUUUCGAAUCCGCCCAAAAUGACCGCAGACAUAAGAAAAUUUUUGCAAGGGUUGUUGGGCAAAGUUGAAGGUCUUCACAGUAUUUUGAUAACGGAUAGAGAUGGAGUUCCGGCAGUAUUGGUUGCUAACGACAAAGCUCCGGAAUUGGCAAUGAGAGCAAACUUUCUCUCUACUUUUGGGAUGGCCACUGAUCAAGGAAGCAAACUAGGCCUUGGAAAGAACAAUACAGUUAUCGUCAUGUACAAUAACUAUCAGGUAGUACAGAUGAACAAGCUGCCUCUGGUGAUAAGUUUCAUUGCGAGCCAAGACUGCAACACUGGACACAUUCUUGAUUUGGAAAAGAAGAUCGAUCCUGUGUUAAAUCAACUGAAAAAUGCUGUUAAAGAUGCAUGAUGGUUACCUGUUGUUCAUUAUGGAAGAUAAUUAAUGUCAAGCCCAACAAAAAGUGGCAUUGUGAUAAAGACUCGAGUGUUGUUAGGUGACACGCUGUUGGACGAAUCUUCUCCACAAGUCACUUUUACAAAAAACAUUUGUUGAUGAU